UACAUCAGCUGAUCCAUCACGUGGUCUGAUGUCGUGGGUCAGCUUUUAGCAAAAUGGAGUUGUCUGAGUCCGUGCAGAGAGGAGUGCAGGCUCUAGCCGAUCCGUCCGUCGUGGACCAAAACAGCUUCCAGGUGCUGGUGGAGGCUUCUUUCCGGAGUCUGCUAUCCUCUAACGGCGACGCCGCGGUGCUCGAUCAGUCCGAGUUGAAGCACAUCGACAGAAUCCUGCUGAAGCAGAUUCACACAGCAGCAACCACCUUCAUCCUGGAGGCGGUCAAACAAAACGCAGACAAAUCAACGAUAAGCUCUAGCCUCGAUGAGCUCACAAUCAGUGCAGAAAAAAUAGAAGUAUUCUGUAGCAGCUAUCAGAAAUAUAGAAAUGACCUGGUACAUUUAUUAGGAAGCAUAGGAAGGCGUCCAGCUCAGAUUAAUGAUGUUUCAUGGCGUCUACAAUAUCACACUAAGAGCGGACAGCUCGAUAAGGUCAACGAACCUUUUUACUUGAUAUCUUUGAACACUGAGAAUGGAGGAUCCUCAGAAGAUAUCAACUUUACCUGCACAACGGAGCAGCUGCAGGAUUUGGUGGGGAAAUUGAAGGACGCUGCCAAGAGUGUCGAGAAAGCCAGUCAGAUGUGAUCCUCGACUUUGACCAGAGUCCAACGACACAGCUCAGCUUAUAUAUAUAUAUACAUAUGUGUGUAUAUAUAUAUAUACACACACACAUAUGUAUAUAUAUAAGCUAUAUAUAUAUAUGUAGUUCUGUAGUACCUGAGAAUGAUAUCCAUUUAUCUGAAUGAAUGACCUUUCCAACUUCUUUAAAGUUUAAAUAAAGUUUUCCUCUUUUGAGUA